AUGAGAAGCUCACGAGCACCUUUGGAGGAGUACAUGAACCUCAUUGACGACUCGUGUCGACAGAUACAGGCACACGAGUUCCAAUCACCCGGAAUAUUUACCAAUGCAAUAAUCUCGCAGCCUUCAAUUACUAAAUUGUUAAAAGAUGCAACCGAACCAGAGCAGUCACUAUAUAAGAUCAGCAAGGCAUCCUCGGGAGGAUUUACCAGCACGACUGCGGUGUCGAGCUUGAAGCGAAUCUACCGGAAUAAUAAGCACGAGGGAGGAGAUGAGCUUGACGGACACCUCGACACGGUUGAGUUGAAACCCGAACGAGUUGAUGGGAAAUCGAUCUACGUUGAUAAUAGCUUCAAUGAGUACAGCAACCACGGAGACGGCCAGAUCCGCCGAGCGGUGAAGAUUCCCGAGAUCAUCAAGGAAAGCUUUGAAUAUGCUAAUCGAACCGAUGAGGUUUCAUCACCAACGAAAAGACCACAACAAAGUACGACCCAGCAUAAUCUUAUACCGGAAUCGGUUGUGCAGUCGGAGAAUCCCAAUUUGAUAUGCAAUGCUCUUAUGCAAUUGAUUAUGAAGUACCCUACGUUGGUGAACCAUCAAGGGUUAUAUAAUGAUAUUAAUGGAUACCAGGAACAAUAUAAUACCUUAUUGCAAGAGAUUGAAGAAUUAGAAACCAUUGUUUCCGAACAGAGAAGCCAAUUAAACCAGUAUAACGUUAGCAUGAACGAAUUUUCGCCGGUCCGAUCGCAAGAGGAAGAAAGUGCAAUUGAUAUAGAUGAAUUAAUGAAACGAGAAAAAGAUGAAAUUGAACAACUAGAAAAAGAACUAAAUGAAAAACAAUCAACCGUAUAA